GCAUAUGCAAAUUAGCACUCACAAACAAAGAACUUGUUUUAGAGUCUGUUCAUAUAAUCUUUAAAGGACCAAGAGAUCUAUAUGGCUCUAACCGGAAAGUUGAUUAUGUACGUAGACAUCACUUCACAUGGAGACAUAUUCCAUGAGAUGUUUAGGCACAGAGUACACGACCUUGCUUCGAUUUCCCCAGAUCACUUCCAUGGUUGUGAGAUUGAUGGUCAACCAGGAGCUGUUGGAUCCAUCAUCUUCUUCAACUAUACCCGAGACGGAAAAAAGCUAACAGCAAAGUCGAUGCUUGAAGAAGUUGACGAGAAAAACCACAAGGUCGUGUUCAAUGUGAUUGAAGGAGAUCUUGUGGAGGAGUUAUACAAGUCUUUGAAGGUUAUAUUUCAUGUUGAACCAAAGGGUGAUGGGCAGUUGGCGAUUUGGACACUUGAGUUUGAGAAAAUGAAUACAAAUAUGCCUUAUCCAACUUCUUACAUGGACUUUCUAUUGAAUGUUACCACGGACUUGGAUUCCCAUUGCACUAGUCACUAGAGGGUUUUCAAGUUCUCAUUAAGCAAUAGAUCAAGAGGAAGUCAAGUGUCUGGCUAAUUAAGCAAAUAAAGAGAAUUGAAAAAUAAACCAGUGGUAGCUGUAUAUGGCUACAUGGGGACAUAUAUGUUUGCUUCCUUCCAUGAACUGUUUAAGUGUAUGGUUCAAUUAUCAUGUGUUUGUAACGUUGUGUUUUUUUAAUAUUGUGUGUAUUUUGAGGUCUUAUAAGUGCCAAAUGAGAUUGUAAUAUGAUUGUAUGAAGAUCGGUCUGAAUCUAUAAACACUGAUGAGCCUUGUUGUCAA